UUAAAUUACAAAUUCCGCCACACCUUCGUCUCUCUCUCUCUCGGACUCUGUGUGUGUGAGAGAGAGAGUUGUUAGCUCACACGCUUUACCUUAAAGCUUCACCAUUCUCUCACAGACUCGGUUUUCUCGGUUCUCAAAACAGAAAAAAUAAAAAGAAAUCGAAAAAAUCGAGUCUACGAAAAUUAGGCCGAAAGAAACAAUCUUUGAGAUUGAUUUCUUCUUUCCCUUCUCUCUCUCUCUCUAAUGGAUUCAAGAGACAUCCCACAACCGCCGCAUCAGCAGCUUCAACCACCACCGGGAUUGCUAAUGUCUCAUUACCAUAACCCUAACGCCGCCGCACUAAUGGGUCCCACCUCAACCUCUCAGUCGAUCCAUCACCAUCUACCUUUCAGCUCUAUCGCACAACAACAGCAACACCAACCGCAGCAAACGCUUCAGCAGCAGCAGCAGCAAAUGGAUCAGAAAACGCUCGAAUCGCUUGGGUUCGGCGACGGAUCGCCUUCUUCUCAGGCGAUGCGAUUUGGGAUCGAUCAGAGUCAGAACCAGAACCAGAACCAGCAACAGCAACAGCCACAAGUGAAGAAGAGGAGAGGAAGGCCGAGGAAGUACGCUCCUGAUGGUAACAUUGCGUUAGGUUUAGCUCCGACGUCUCCUCUUCUCUCCGCCGCUUCUAACUCAUACGGUGGUGACGGCGGCGUCGGAGAUAGUGGCGGCGGAGGAGGCAAUGCAAACUCUGCUGAUCCACCUGCUAAACGUAACAGAGGAAGACCUCCUGGCUCCAGCAAGAAACAGCUUGAUGCUUUAGGAGGAACAGCAGGAGUAGGGUUUACACCUCAUGUCAUUGAAGUGAAUGCAGGAGAGGACAUAGCGUCGAAGGUGAUGGCUUUUUCGGAACAAGGUCCACGAACAAUCUGUAUUCUCUCUGCAAGUGGCGCAGUUUCUACUAUGACGCUUCGUCAAGCUUCUAAUCCUAGUGCAAGUGAUACUUACGAGGGACGGUUCGAGAUCAUUACACUCUCAGGGUCGUUCUUGAACUACGAGGUGAAUGGUUCGACCAACAGAAGUGGUAGCUUGAGUGUGGCUUUGGCUGGAUCCGAGGGACGGAUUUUAGGUGGCCGUGUUGUUGGUCCGCUCGUAGCUGCAACACCAGUGCAGGUGAUAGUGGGAAGCUUUGUUGCAGAAGCAAAGAAAGCGAAACAGAGUCCAGUUAACAAUAAUGCUAGGGGACAGAAUCCAGAACCGGCUUCAGCACCGGCUAAUAUGUUGAACUUUGGAUCAAACUCUCAAGGACCAUCAAGCGAGUCGUCAGAUGAGAAUGAAAGUGGUUCUCCUUCGCUGCACCGUGACAACAAUAACAAUGGGAUUUAUGGAAACUCUGUGGCUCAACAACAGCAACAAAUGCGUCAUUUGCAAAUGUAUCAUCAUCAUAAUCUUUGGCCUGGUAGUGGUCAAUAAACAGAAUUCUAGGCUUCUUUUUGAGAAGGUUGGUUCUAAAGAAGAUUUCAAGCUCGAGAGGGUUCUUGUAGCUUUUUUUUUUUUUUUU